ACCAAAAUCCCUAGCAUUGGCAAUAGCUGUUCGGCAAAUAUCUGGCUGUUCUGGCCUUAUUAAUAUUUUAAAUGGUUUUGGACAUUGUGUAUCACUAUCAUCAACCAUGGCCUAUGACUCUGCAAUUGCUCAAACAACAAUUAACACAUCAAACAUUCUUCAAAGGGAAUUUGUUGCAACCAAGUAUGUCAACUUGGUUUACGACAACAUAGAUUUUGGAGAGGAGAUUGAAAAGCAGACUCAUGUAACCAAUGGUAUCAUUACACAAAGAGUCUCAGUUCAAACACCAUUGAAUUCAUCAGAACACCCAUCAACUGCUAUUAAAAAGACACAACGCACAGUAAAAAUGCCUUCAACUGACAUUGUGCCUUACAGUAUAGGAGUAAAGAUGACACCAGAAUUUCAAACUGUUGAACUGGAUCCUGAAUGUCUAGAACUUUUGUUCAAAGAAGAUCUCGUGAUUAAUGCUUAUAAACUGGACUUAGCAUAUAUUUUAGUAAAGUAUAUAUGUUCUUCAGAUGAGGAAGUAUUGCCAGGAUGGACUGGAUUUAACACCAUGCUUUGUAGUAAUGAAAUACCUGAUGUAUCCAGAGUUGGAUAUUUACCAGUCAUUGAUGCAUCCCCAACAGAAUAUUCAACCAUCAACACAAUCCUCACACGGAGUACUGAGAUUGCAGAUAAAUUAGAGCUGAGAUAUGCUGUGUUAGUUUUCGAUGAAGCUGUUUAUGCUAAAGUACAACAUGUUCGCUGGAAAGAAGAGACAUUCUUAAAUCGGUUUGUUGUUCGCCUUGGUGAGUUUCACACCAUCAUGUGUUACCUUUCUGCCAUGUCAAAGAUCUUUGAAGAUGGAGGCUUAAAGGAUGCGUUUAUUGAAUCUGGUAUUGUGAGUGAAGGAUCAAUCAAAGGUAUUCUCUCUGGCAAGCAUUACAACCGGGCUGUGUCAUGUCACAAGAUUAUGUAUGAAGCACUUCAACGUCUAAGGUUUCAAGCUUUUCUGGAUUCCAUGACGGAAAAAGACCAGGACGAUAUUUCUUCAUUCAUUGAGAGUAUGGCAAAUUCAUUUCCACACGACAAGUUCCUUACUGAUGGCAUUGAAAAUCAAAAGAUGCUGCAAAUAUUACAAUCAUAUGAGUUGUUCAUUAACGAUAUGUGUAGUAAAUCUAGAACAUUUUCAUUUUGGAGCAUGUAUAUCAAGAUGGCAGGUGUACUACUGAUGUUUAUUAGAGCAACAAGAGAAGUAAACUGGGAUCUCCACUUAGCAGCUUUCAGAGCUAUGCUUCCAUGGUUUUUCAUUUGUGAUAGAGUCAAUUAUUCCAGAUAUGGCUCGGCAUAUAUGCUAGAAAUGACCGCAUUGGAAAGUACGCACCCAGGAAUUCGUGAAGAAAUCUCUAAGAACUUUGCUGUUCAGCGUCAAAGCAGACACGGUUUCUCUGCAGUUGCAUGUGACCAGACAAUAGAGCAGACUGCAAACAGGGAUUCUAAAACGAAAGGUGGUUUGAUUGGGUUUUCAAUGAAUCGUUCAACUGUUCAUAGAUGGCUACUCUCGCAAUCAGAAAGAGCUUCAAUAACAAACAAGUGCAAAGAUAUGGCUGGAAAUAGUUGUAUACCAAGAAAUCGCAAAGAUCUUGAUCAUACAAAGUGCAAGCGCCAUGAGAAAUCUGUCAUUGAUGUGAUGAGUACAAUUUCAAGUAUGAUAAACCCAUUUGAAACAGAACAAGAGGAGCUAAUAAGUUUGGCAAGUGGUGUAAUGGUUGGAAAUGAUGUUGCGGAUACUCUUCUGAACGCAGAGAACAUUGGAGAGCAACAGUUUUUGGAAUUUACGAAAACGAAUCUGUUGAGCGAAGACCCUGACAUCUUUAUGAAGUUGAAAAAGAACAAACUUCAGACAUUUUCCUCAACAAAAUCCGUAUAUUUGAACAACAAAGAAGGAAAGAAGGUGAACAUCAUGUUAAACAGAAACUUGUUUGCUCGAUUAUUGGUCAUUGCUAAGAGUCGGCAUGUCGAUCUAAAUGAAUUGCUCUCGUACAGCCUUGGUACAUACCCUCUUUCGUUGUCUACGGCAACUGGAGGACUUGUGAAAACUGCCUAGUCUAAACUUGCUGAAGUAUUGGAAAAUUAAUCUGGAAAUCCAGAAGUCAAUGUUUGUGCAUUUAACAACAAUGCACUGAUUGUAGAUGCUAUGGCAGUUAUUCAGGCAAUGAAAGGAAAAUGGAAAACAUUUGGCGAAUUUGCAGAUGCUCUUUUAAACAACCUCAUAACGC